AGUCUGUGGUGUUUACUCUGGCGGCGACAACGUCGGCGCACGCGCAUCUCGAUUCACACAAAAAUCCAGUGCAAAUAUCGAGAGGCUAUACAAUUUCUCGAUAAUUUACGCCCCUCGUUAGUCGUUACGGCAUUACCAUUCAUUUCGUGGGGUGAAGUGAUACCGCGCGUGUCGUAUCAACUCCUGUUUUGCUGUAUUGGCCCAUUUUCGAUCUGUACACCAAAAUGUUUUAUUUUAAGGAAUGCUUACUGUUGCUGCUGAUAGCCAGCGGACUAGCGUUAUCAGCAGACCCGUGCUGUCCAAACAAUGAAAUCAUCAAGUAUCGUGGAUAUUGCAACAACAACUCCACGGAGAAGAUAAAUUUGCAGUGCGAGAUGGGCCAUAUGCUCCUCAAAGACAUCAUCCUCAACGGGAAUAAGGUGUCCACGCAAGACUCGCCUAAUUACAUCUUCGUAGAGGAUCCAGCAUUAUAUUGUGUCGGCCAAAUGUAUCGUAACGCUUCGGACCCGAGCCAGGGUCUGGUUCCAGUGGCCGUGACGUGUUUCGAGAAGUUCCAAAGGAACGACAUCGAAACUGGAGGAAUUCUGACUCUUGUUUCUGUGGUCUUCCUUCUGGCUACCUUCGCAAUUUAUAUGUAUUUGCCGCAAAUGAGGGACCUUCAGGGGGUGUGCUACAUGUGCAUGUGUGUCAGUAUGGCUUUCGGGUUUUUAUCACUUGGAAUUCUGCAACUAAGUCCUGGAUUCAGAGGCCAAAUAUGCACUAUAACAGGAUUCCUAGUCUACUUCUGGAUGAUAGCUACUUUCUCUUGGAUGAACGUCAUAAGCAUUAACAUGUACCGAAGCGUGCAGGACGCCACUUACUUAAAGAAGACCGAGAGAAAACAGCACCUCAUAUACAACUGCUACGCUUGGGGCUUCGCCAUUUUCUUCCUGAUUGUUUCACUAACCACCGACUUGAUUGAAGGAGACCACUACAAACCGGGCAUUGGGGACAGCAGUUGCUGGUUUAACGGUCGCACUGAAACAUGGAUAUUUUUCUAUGGACCGAUCGCCACACUGAUCACCGCGAACGUCAUUCUCUUUGUUUUGUCAUCACUGAAGUUGUGGAAGAGCACGAGAAAGUACGAAGUCAACAAGUUAAACAACCUUAAGCAUAAGUUCUUAGUUUCUCUCAAACUCUUCCUCGUCAUGGGAAUUUCCUGGAUCUUUGAAAUAGCCAGCUUUGCUCACGGCGAAUCACACGUAAUAUGGCGAAUAAUGGAUAUAUUCAACUGCCUCCAAGGCGUAGUGAUCUUUUUAAUCCUGGUCGUAUUCCGAAGGCGUGUCAUACGAGGACUGGCCAGCGACAACUGCUGUUUGUUCAUCACUCGACCAUGGGCAGAGAAACUAAGUCCGGACGAUGAUGAAGACGAUCAGGAAAUGUUGGCUGAUGAUACAGUAGAGGUUAGACUUAAUUAGGUCAUUAUAAUUUAAAAAAAAAAAAGUCUACCUACAUUUAAAUUACGAAUUUAUAAAUAUACCUACAGUCCUACACACCCAAUUACUCAUUUACCUAUAGUAUAUAUAAGAUAUCUGAAUAAGCAAUUUGAAUAAUUAGGUAACUAUAGCUAGGCAUUUUGGUCUAAUCGUUGAACUAUUGUCGUAACCUCUCGAACUACGUGAUGGAGAAAAUUAGUUAUAUUUUGUAAAAAUAAGUAAUAGGUAUUCGUAUAAUAAUGUACAGUCGAGUCUAUUCAAGUAAAGUAAGUAGAUUACUUAUACUCAUAUAAUAAGCAAAGCAAAAUAAUUUCUUUUAUCAUAAACGAUGUCUCACUAUUAAUAAGUAAUAAGUAUGAGUUUCCUAACAUGUAUAUUUUAAAAAUCGAUUGUUGUUUACGGGAAAAUUAUUUUACCUAAAUAAUAACUAAAGCUAUUUUUAUGGUCUACGCCUACCUACUUUUCCUAAAAUAAGUUUUUUUACUCUAAUUAUAGCACAGAAUAAAUAUUUCAUAAUUUAUAAUAUUCUUUAAGAACAUUCUGUUUUACGUAUCGGACCAAUUUAAUUCUCUUUUUUAUUCAUUCAUUGUAAUUCAAGUUCAAUGAUCGUUAUCUUUCUGUUAUUUGAAAGAUCUCAAAUGAUUAAUUGAACGCUUUAGUAAUUAAGUAAUUGAAUUAAUUGAACAUUUAUUUUAAACAUUCAAAGACAAUGCCAAAUAAGUUCAAAUUUUAUUAAAUGUGCCAUAUUUUAUACCUACAGUUACAACUUUUUAAGUAAAAUUAAACUCAAUAAUCGUAAUAUGAAUUACGAGUAACAUAGGUAUUUUGUUGUCUGUAAAUUCACAAUAAUUUCGAAAUGUUAUUAAGUAUUGUGUAAUAGGUAAAGUAAGUUUAAUAUAAGUACUUAUAGUUGGUUACUACUUAGUCACUACCUUUCUUGUAGUCUAAGGACGCGUAUAAAUUGUAUUUUAAAAAUGUGAACUGGAUUAUUAAUACACUUUUUGUUAAUUGCGAUUUAGAUAUAAAUUAAAUUAAACUCUGCAAUGAAAUAAAUGCAUGUUGAUUAUUGUGAAUUUAAGUAAUAAGCAGAGCGCAUGAUAGGUAUUUAUGUUAAUAAAAAUGAUGAAAAUGAAA